AUGGCCCAGAAAUUUGUGCAUGAGAACUGGGACGAGCUGCACAAUCGCUACGAAGGAGGUUUCCUGCUUUCUCGCCCUAUCAAGUCCACUACAGAUAUGUUUGUCACUGAAGAGGCUGCCAAAGAAGUCGAGGAACUCUACGCCAACCAUUCAGUGCCUGCUGCAGAGAGGACCAUUCAACAGUCCUUGGAGAACACACAACUCAAUUGCGCGUGGCUUGGGCGCAAAUCAUUUUAUAAUGCAAGAGAUUGGUGAAAUCUCUAAAAAACAUACAUAUAAAAAUAAAAAAGGUGAAGAUAAACCAAUGUCAAUGUCAUAUCCAACAAUAUGGAA